AAUGCAGGAGCUCAGCUUGGCCACUGACUCGCCACGUGCUGCUGCAGGUCCUGACACCCAAGCUACUCCAGAGCCCAUAAGCAGGAUGCCAGGGCUCAUUAACUGGACAAGCAGUUCCCCCCUCCCCCUCACAGCCUCCGAGGUCACCUCUUGUGUCAGCGGCUAUGCCUUUGGGAUGACUGCCUCCCUGACCUACGGCAACCCAGAGGCCCAUCCUUUUGAAGGUCUCUUUGUCUACCCACUGGAUGAGUACACCACCGUGGUUGGGUUCGAAGCUGUCGUUUCCAGGCGGGCUGUGACCGUGCAGGUCAAAGACAAAGCCAAACUAGACGACUGUUACUUGGACUGCAGCAGCCUCCCCAAUGGAAGAGCUCAGGAUGGCAGUGGAAGGAUUGCGCUGGAUGAGGAUUUGGAGCGAAUCGUUUUUGUGGCUAACCUGGGUGUGAUCCCUCCACUGGAAAGCGUGUCCGUCUUCAUCAGCACCUCCUCGGAGCUGCAGACUCUUCCGAGCGGUGCCGUGAGGGUCCUUCUCCCAGCCGUGUGCGUCCCCAAGGUGCCCCAGUGUGGCAUGGAAAGCACCAACCUCUCUGGAUACCAGCUCCGAGUCAGAGAUCGACAUUCCUGUGGAGCUGGGAGCCUGGAUCCAGCUAACAAGUUCUGUCUGGCCCAGCUGCUGGAGAGGGAGGCCACCAACCCCACCGAAUACGAGUUCAGCUUCCACCUGGAGAUCCGGGGGCCCUGCGUACUUGCAGGAGUGGAAAGCCCCACACACGAGAUCCGAGCUGACGCUGACCCCUCUGCCCGCUCCGCCAAGAGCAUCAUGAUCACGCUGGCCAACAAACACACUUUUGACAGACCGGUGGAAAUAUUAAUCCAUCCAAGCGAGCCCCAUAUGCCUCACGUCUUGAUGGAAGAGGGCGACAUGACCCCUACAGCGUAUGAGCAACACCUGAAGGGGAGAAAUGAUUUCAUUAAAGGGACCAAGAAGGACCCGAGUGCCGAGAAAAAGACGGAAAUCAUCAGGAAACGCCUGAACAAGGACAUCCCUCACCACCCCGUGAUCAUGCUGAACUUCUGCCCUGACCUGAGAACCAGCCAGCCAGACCUCAGGGAAACCCAGGGAGAGUUUAUAUUUCUGAUAGACCGCAGUGGAAGCAUGAGCGGCACAAACAUCAACCGCGUCAAGGAUGCCCUGCUGGUCAUACUCAAGAGCCUGGCACCGGCAUGCCUCUUCAACGUCAUCGGAUUUGGGUCGACCUUUAAGACCCUCUUUCCUUCCAGUCACGCUUACUGUGAGGAGAGUCUGGCUAUUGCGUGUGAGAGCAUCAAGAAGAUCCGGGCGGAUAUGGGCGGCACCAACAUCUUAUCCCCUUUGAAGUGGAUCAUCCGGCAGCCCAUCCACAGGGGCCACCCGCGCCUGCUCUUCCUGCUGACCGACGGAGCUGUUAGCAACACCGGGAAGGUCAUUGAGCUGCUGCGGAACCACUCUUUCUCCACCAGGUGCUAUAGCUUUGGCAUUGGGCAGAAUGCCUGCAGGAGGUUGGUGCGUGGGCUGGCUGCCGUGUCCAAGGGGAGUGCAGAAUUCCUGGCGGAGGGUGAGAGGCUGCAGCCAAAGAUGAUCAAGUCUCUGAAGAAAGCUAUGGCACCUGUCCUGAGUGAUGUAACCGUGGAGUGGGUCUUUCCUGAAACCACUGAGGUCUUGAUCUCCCCAGUCAGUGCCAGCUGCCUCUUCCCUGGUGACCGGCUGGUUGGGUACAGCAUUGUCUGUGACACGUCUCUGUACAUCUCCAACCCCAGAGCUGACAAGAGACGGCGUUACAGCAUGAUGCAUUCCCAGGAGUCAGGCAGUUCCGUUUUCUUUCACUCCCAGGAAGAGGGAGCUGGCUCGGAGAGCUGGAGCUAUCCCAAGGACUCUGCGGGGGGGCUCCCUUCAGAGCGGACCCCUGAUUUCUUGGUGGUUGGCGAAGAACCGAGGAGAGAAUCUGACCCAGAUACUGGGCUGGACCCUAAAUCCUCCUCCAGGCGAAGGGUGUACAGCACCAAUCAGAUUGCCAGCCACGAGCCUUUCAAGAGGGUCCCCACAGCCAGCGAUCCGAGUGCAGCCCUGGGGAAGAAUCCCCUUCGCAAAGCCCACAUACAGGAUCUGCGCCAGCUCAGCCCAGAGCCACAGCCAUGGUUAGCGGAUUUCCAGCCUUUCACCGCCAGCCCCUACGUCGCCACCACACAGAUACGAGGCACUGGCGCCAGGAGGCCCUCUCUGCUGCAGCAGAGCUGCAUGUCGUUUUGUCAGGAUGUGGACGCUCCCCAGCCACAGGAUGGCCUCCAGCACAUGGCUCCAGGAAGGUGCCUGGGUCAGCCGGAGACCAGCUCUGUCCUGAGAUCCUCCUCGGGCAGCCGGAGCCCUGGGGAUCAGGAAUCUGCCCACCACCCUUCCUUUGCCUUUGAAACAGAGACUUCUUCAGACUGCGAUCCCCAAGAGCUUGCUCUCAGCUCCGCCAUGGGGUCCCCGCGCUCCCCCAGGGCCAUCUGCAAGGCGGUGGUGAAGGGGUUAAGGAGUAAUGAGCCUGUCCAGUGGGAAAUCACCUUUGACAUCCGGCCCCUGAUCCAAGACAGAGAGAGCUGUGAGAACGGCAAAGGGGAUCUGUGGAAUGAGACCUUCCACCACUUGGCGGCCAAGUCCAUCAUCCGGGAUUUCGAGCAGCUGGCCGAGAAGGAAUGUGAAAUUGAACACGGGUCUGGGAGGCGGUACCAGAUAAACGCUGUCCAAACCAGCAAAGUCUGCAAUGUCAUCAGCAAGUACACGGCCUUUAUCCCGGUGGACCUGAGCACCAGUGGCUACCUGCCAACCGUGGUUGAAUAUGUCAAUGCAGGGCCAGCGUCCAAACAAGGUGGCCAGAGGAGCUCAGGCUCAGGAAGCAGAAGGCACCGAGUCUUCUCCGUCGGACUCGGACGCACCCAGUCAACUUGUGGCCAGGAUGGAGCAGACGAUGGAUUUUACAGCAUGCAUGAGAACAGCCUGUCUCCCGGCAGCACACCUGCCUCUUCCGGCUGGGAGCGCUACAGUGUCCCGGAAGCUUCACUGCAGAGUCCGUCUGCUUCCUCUACUCACUCCCAGAAGUCCAUCGAUACCCUUUUUUCUGCCAGAUUAACCCUUCAUAAAACAAGACUGCUGACUCGAGCAGCUAAAGGUUUCAUGAGUAAAUCCCCAAGUCGGGUGAAUGAACCCAGCUCUGACAGCAGCAAUGAAAACAUUGACUACCUACCCCUGGUGUCUCUGCAGUUGGCCUGCGGUGCCUUCCUGCUGAACCCAGCGUUCUGCCACGCGAUCAGCAUUCCCAUGGAGAAGCUGAAGUGGACGUCUCCAUUCACCUGCCACCGGAUGGCUCUGAGCCCCUCCGCCAGCUCCUACAACGCUAAGAAGUCAGGCCCGCCUCGAGAACCCAAGAGCCCUGGAGGUAGCUGGCAGCGGCUGGCACCGAAUGACGUUCCCAAAGAGAGCUUCUCAGACAGAGACUUCACUCCCGGUGCAGCACUGAACGGCUAUGGCGAGAGUACGGGAGACGCAGGCCGGCCUCGCCACUUCUCUGGCAGCGCAGUGGAAAGCCUGUCAAAGGCCCUGAAAGCUGAGAACGAACUCUCACCCCCUGCCAUCACCAUCCGCCGCUUCUCCUCCCCUGAGAGCACCCAGUCCCCUCGGGAGCCGCAGAGCGACAGCGGCAGAGGCUCCGAGUCGGACAGCUCUGAGUUGCAGUCCCUGCUCUUUGACAUUGAGCUGCAUCAGUGGGCUGAGCCAGAGGGGAUGCUCUGGGCCACAGCGGUCGCCCUGGCCUGGCUGGAGCACAGCUCAGCCUCCUAUUUCAUCGAGUGGGAGCUGGUGGCUGCCAAGGCCAGCAUGUGGCUGAAUGAGCAGGAGUUCCCGGAGGGCCGUAGCCCGGGGACCGUCAAGGCCGCAGCCCGGCAGCUGUUUGUUUUGCUCAGGCACUGGGACGAGAACCUUGAGUUCAACUUGUUGUGCUACAACCCCAACAACGUGUAGGAAGGGGGAGUGUGAAAGGGGGGAGUCAGGCAGUCGUCUGAGAGAGCCUCUGGGGUACAGGGACUGGUCCUUAAAGAAACACAGUCUAAUGGCUAAGCUCUACCACUACAGUGCCAUACUAUGUACCUUUAUUAGAACAAGCCUUUCUGCAGGCCAGAAAAUAACCAAGGUCAUUCAAACCCCAGCACUAAACAAUCAUUCUUGUAUAAGCAGGGUCUGAUUCACCUGUAGCACUCACUGCUGCAGGAUGUUAUUAAGGCCAAUGUCUAAACGAAAGGAUUAUUCAAUUCUGUGACUAGGAAUAGCAUCUCCAGUUACACAAGAUACUGGGCACCUUCCCUUCAGGCUGGGCUUCAUCUGAUCCCCAGCACCAGUUCCAGAAAGAGAAUCCCAAAUCUUCAUUCAACCGUCCCACGCUUCACCAUCCAGCCAAGCCAUUCACCUUUCUCCCAGUCACCAUCAAUCCUACAUCUUUUCACACAAGUAUUUCCAGCUGUGAUUCAUCGUUCCCCAGCCUCCAUCUAGACUGCGUUAUCGUGAAGAUUAACAUGUGUCUCUUGUCUCAGGAAUUCGUGUUCGAGCAGCCACUCUGCCUCAUGGGUCAAGGUUAUUGGAAAUCCAGACUGCGGCCAAGCAGCUUAAGAUGGAACAGCAACACUGGGGAUGGGGAAAAACAAUGAAAUGAAUUGCCAGGUCCUCCCAGAUCACUCAUUCUCUACAGCUGUGGAUUUGGACUGGGAUUUUCAAAAGGAGCCUACAGGAUAUAAACAUCCAGAUCCUAUUGUAAUCCCAAGUGGGUGUAUACCUCCCUUAGGCAUCUUUGGAUAUUCUGGCCUUGGUUCCAGGACAGUCUUACAGGUUGGUUCACAGCUGACAAUGUGCCCUAGAAUCUUUUGCAUGCAGAGCAGGGGUAGGCCGGGGCCAGACUGCACAGCCAGCGAGCAGCUGGAGGAAUGCAGGAGAUGGAUUAAAGCUAAUCUAUUCCCCAGGCACUUUCAGGCCCAGUGUAGCAGAGCUAGUAGAAUGCACCUUGGAUUAGAGCAGUUAAAGCUUUUCAGUCCCCAUCAGUGCAUGGAGUACAUUUCCAGGAGGUUUCAGAGUAGCAGCCGUGUUAGUCUGUAUUCGCAAAAAGAAAAGGAGUACUUGUGGCACCGUAGAGACUAACAAAUUUAUAUGCAUCCGAUGAAGUGAGCUGUAGCUCACGAAAGCUUAUGCUCUAAUAAAUUUGUUAGUCUCUAAGGUGCCACAAGUACUCCUUUUCUAUUUCCAGGAGGGUGUCCUUCUAGAGGGAGAGGCUGUAUCAGCUUUUUAGACUAUUGCAUUUGAUCUGAACCAGAAGGUCUGGCCAACGGAACUGCGUUAUAUCUACGUUUUCAAACCCGUGCCCCUUUGCCCAGUGGUUUUGAAGCUUGUGUUCUUACACUUAGAUUUUUCUGACCCUCAUGCAAAACAGUCUGCUGUCCCACUGAAAGUGUCUGCUAGCCAUGCUUGUGGCUCAGGGGUUUGGUGGAGUUCACUUGCCGUUGACUUUUUUCCCCCCCUUUCCCAGGCAGGCCGAGUACCACUUUCUUGUGCCCACUGCAGACUUGUUGCAUGACCUUUCAUCAUAGCUCCCCUCUCACAACGCCCCUCUUGAGCGUAUGGGCAAAGCUAAGCGCUGCCCAGCAUUCGUCUCUUGCCUGUCUUUUGAACUGCUUGGAUUCCAUCCUCCUUCCUUGAGCCUUGCUGCUGAAUUUGUUUCCAUUCUCACAGUGCUGUGUUUUGACUUGACUGCCAUACCCCAGCACAGCAUAUGACAGGCAGCAUCUGUGACAGCUGAUAGCAAAUUGUAUUGACAGACCCUUUUUUGAGAGUAAUUACUCAGCAGGAACCGUUCCGAAUCAGUUAUUCAUAGUGGAAGGCAACUUUAAUCCAGAGACUUCAGUUCUCAGCAGCGUCACCAGAACCGGUCCCAUUAACUCCUGUUAAUGGCACUUUGGUUGACAAUUGUCAGAAGCAUAUUAAUUAAAUGAAAUGCAUUACAACCUCCUUAGUUCAGAAUAGAUUGAAAAUUAAAGACCGGAUUCUGUCUGCAGGCCCAGCGAUACGACUCACUGAAAUCAAUAGGCGUUUGGACACACAUAUCCAAGGGCAGAAUGUGACCCUUCCAUGACAAACCAAUCAGCGCAACUAGCUUGUCCUAAUAAAUGUGCAAACAACUGUGGCUGUCUCAUCGGUGGGGACAGAUGGUGAAUGCAUCCUCAUUCCCAUUCAGGGAAGCGGGUGAUGCCCUAACAUCAGGGCGUCUCCUGCAUUCAAAUUUUAGGCUGCCAUUCAGGAAAACAUCCCUAUUCAGGACAACGCUUAAGCAUGUGUUUAGGUCCCACUGAAGUCAACAGAACAUAAGCACCUACUUCUCUAUAUCUGGCCCAUAGCAAUUAGCUGCUCCCUGGCUACAGAGAGUUGGAGGUCUUGGGUGAAAGAAAGCUAAAGAUUUGAGGCUGAUAGGAGAGGAAUGGAACUGGUCAAAAUUUGUCAACCCAAACACUUUCCGCUGGAAAACCUGGUUUAGUUGAAGUUGACAUUUUGGAGGGAAAAUGUUGAUUUCAAUGAAUUUGGGUGAUUUUUUUUUUUUUCCUGACAGGAAAAUUCUAAAAAUUUAUUUUGUUUCAGCUUCAAAUUUUGUUUUGUUUUUGGUCCCAGGAAACUGACCAAUUUCGCUUUCCCUUUUCAGUUUUUAGUUUUUCUGCCCCCCCCCCCCCUAUUUUUAUCCCUCCCCCUUUUUUCCCAUUGGAAGAAGGCAGAAGAGGUAAAAAGAAUGUGAGAAAAUGGUUUGUUUUGCAGCUGGAAAUAAUUAGAAAGCAGAAAGUGGGGCUUUCCCCCACUUCCUGUUGAAAUCAAACCUUUCAUUUGGAAAUUUCCCAUGGAAAAUGGACAUUUUUCAACCCAGACAUACUCAGUGGGCAUUUGUUGCAAGAAAGCUGCUGGUUUCUGACCAGCUCUUGUGAGAACAGCUUGCAGGGGGUUUAAGAUGCUUUUGUCACUAGAGCAGGUUACAAGAAACUCCCCAUCCCUGUUGCUGUCAAAUCCAGGACAAUUAUGUCUUGUCCACUCAGGCAGUGGGAGUGUGUUCCAGUUCCAAACCUUUCCAGGAUCUUUCCUAGUCAUGUUUCAAACAAGUCUUUGAACCUGCUGGAAUUCCACGCAUGAUGAGAAGGGUACCACCAGCCCAAGCAUUACAGCAACCACUGCUGUGACAUUGGGUGAUGUUCCUACUUCAUCAAAUGGGAGUGUCACAUUCCCUUCCAGGCAGGUCAGCUGCUCAUCUUGUCUCAAAUACCAUAUCAUGGAAGACAGUGAACUGAAGCUUAGCUGUAUGUGUAAGUGUUAGCCUGUUCCUUAACCAUCUGGCCCUGUGAUGUGGUAUCAGUGUGCAAGGGCCCGGUUCCAGGCCAUGUGAGAUGAGUCUGAAUGUCUUUUGGUAGGUGGCAUGACCUGACCUGUUUGUGAAGUGUUUUUGCAAUGUCCUGUCCUCUCACCUCAUGCCCCUAUUCCCCAUUGGCAGCCCCAAGGCUCUGCUUUGUAAAUACCAGAAGCAUAAAUCAAUGCAAAACACCCCACCGUGUCUCCUUUGUCCUAUAGGGGAGACCUGGCUCUCUCAGUAGACCUAGUGAAGCUAGUGGGUAAUUGAGGCCCAAACUAGAGGCCCAGAGCGGUACAGCCACACAGGCUGUGCACAUGUGAAAUGCAAAGACACUUAAGAGAUGCAUAGACCUGAUGCACAGGUCCUGGGUGGUGUCAUGACAGCUCUGUCUACAAUGCUGCAGGAGCUUAUUUCUAUGCAUUCAGGUCACUUUAGAUGCUUCCAGGUUAUGGGCUUUUCAUGAUCCUUUAAAUCAGCUUUGCAGUUAGAGACUUUGCAGGUACUUAAUACAUGAGUCACAUUCUAAUUGCUCAUUUUACACAGCUCAAGAAUUCCACAGCACAUACAAACCUUGGAGGUGUAACCUCGCCAAUCACCAGAAUCCUCUUGAUGCAAAACUAUGGCCUGGGACAUAGCAUUCAGAAUCUCCCAAGAGAAUGCAAGCCUUGCUAAAGGCAGCUAGAAACAUGGCUGACGUAUCCUAUUGCACAGGGUGUGUUUGCUACAGCGUAGGAAGAACCAUGGCCUGUUCAGAACAAAACAGUGAAACAUGCACCUUCUGGAGCAUGUUAUGUAACAGCAGUGGCUUACAGUAACAUAGGAACAGCCUUGAUAAGCGUGGUUAGUGUGUCUUGGCUUUGCUUCGCAGCAGUUCUGGGAACCAAUGCAUCAUGCCUGUGACUUUUGGCCCCACAUAACUUGAUGUUAUCCUAUCAGGGCUGCCAAUAAACAUCAAGUUAUGUGGGGCCAAAAGUCACAGGCACUCCCACUGCUCUGUUCUCAGAGAUGCUAGCAGUCUCGAACUGUCAGCUCAGCAAUUUUCAAUCCAUAUGCCAUCAUUCAGAUGUCAUUAACCCCAAGGGAAGGGGACCUUGAAUUGAGCACUCAGAUAAGAUAUUAUUUGGGGUGUAAUUAGGUGGGUUUUUUUUAAACCUACCCACAAAACCUACCUCUCUCUUGCCUUUUUUCCAACCCCCCCACUCACCACACACACCGGCCCACACACCCACUUCUGGGCUGUCACUACAAAGAUAUUAGCAAAGCCUUGAAUCAGCUUUACCAUUGGGCCAUGUAUGAGGGACUUGACUCAGACCUCACCUUCACUGAUUGACAAUUAACCAAGCCGGUUCCAAUCAGUUCUCCGAAAAAAAGAUACUGAAUCAGUGGAGAUUUGAACCACUGCCCUUAUGCAGCUUCCUACAGCUUUAAGACUCAGUUCUGGUGACUUGAAACGACCUGCAGACAUUUGAAUGUUCCCCUUUUACAGGUUCCUUAAGGCAAAAGGCUCACAAUUUGGCCAUCUAAUGUCUAAUUUUGGUAUCAAACCUUCAUACCAAGGUACCAACACAACAGCUUUAGCAUGGACAGGAUAUGCUGGGGCCCUAGCUGUUGACUGUACAUGUUGGGUAUGUUAAGGAUAGCACUUCUCGUGGACGCUCAAGCGAAUGUUUAAACCCUGCAUCACUUAAUCCCUCACUGACUGCUGCCAUGAAGUCCCAUAGCAUAGCCUCCAGGUUUUGAUAUAGGUUGCCUGGGCUGGCCACCAGAGGGUGACUUCAUUUCACAAUCACCAAGAUACCGCUUUCUAUUUGGCUGUUAAUAACAAGGUAAAGUAUUAAAGGCAUGACUCUCAUCCUUAGCGUCUGGGCGGCUCUGCAGGUCAGAACCUUAGAGCAGUAUACAUCAUGCUCUCCCCUGCAGCACCAAGGCCCAGCUCUGUAGAUAAGCCAGCUCCCUCUACCCUGACAUCUGUUCAGCAGUAAAAGAUCAUCCUGGAUGGACUGUCUCUGGAUGACAGGGGGUUAGUAGGAUGAUUCGUGCUUUCCCUGAAUCUUUUACCUGACCCUUGGCAUACAGCUAGCUGGCUGAUUUCUACUUCCCAUGUUGCAAAUCCUUUUAUCCAGUGUAAAAACCCAUGACCAUGCUGAAAUACUUCACAUUUAGCCAAUGCCAAGGGCACCAGAACCUUGUACAAACACUAUCUCAGCCUCUCAGUCCCCUGUAAGAGGGGUAAGGAUGAUGAUCUCCAUUUUACAGGUGGAGAAACUGAGGCACAGAGGUUAAGUGACUUGCCUAUGGUCACCUGAAAAGCCUGUGGCAGAGCCAGGAAUAGAAUCUGGGAGUCCUGACUCCCAGCCUCCCUGCUCUAAACACUGCUUCAUGUACUGUAAGACAAGGUUGCAGUUCUCCAACCACCCUGUUGUCAUCUGAUCUUGGCUUCAGUCCCUGUUGCCAGGGAUGCAUUGACCCCACACCUGUGCUCAAGUCAGAGUUCUCUAUAGCUGUAUUGCUGCUGGUGAAGUGUGUGGUGUAAUUUAGCUGUCAAUUUAACUGGGUGGCUUUAUGCAGUCUGCUGUGGUUCGAGUGACAUGGCUGGCGAUUGUCCUCUGGAUCCUCAAGUGCCUAUGGACGUGACCUCACGCUCUUGCAUACAAAGUGACUGUCGUGCCCGUGACAUUGUCCCGCUCAUUGAAGACCUGUUACCUUGCGCUCACUUUCCUGAUAUAUAGCAACAUCACCUCGUUCAGUGAGCUUUGAGUUUCAUGUGUGUGUGUGUGUGUGGGGGGGGGGGGAAUGCAGUGUUUCUGCUUCCGGCCUGUGGUUCAGGUUCCAGUUCGUUUGUCACUGGUGUAAUCUCAUUGAUUGGGUCUGUCGUUCUGCAGUGUUCAAAAUGUCUUUGGGUGAGACAGCGAACAUCUGUUGGCUGGUUCCUCAUGGCGGUUGCAUUCUCUGUUACAGAAGCAUGGUUAUUUCAGUAAAUCAAGGUUUGUUUGAACAG